GUGUGUUUUUUUCUUUUUUUUUCUGGUAUCGUUCGUCUGUCUGAGUCCCUGUCUCUGCUCACUUGAAGAGGGGGGAUUGUGUUUUUUAAAGGGGGGAGAGAAAAACUCGACCUGCUUCCUCUCAGUGCGGGACAUGCUAUGACCGCCUCGUUACUCCUCCACUCGCACUGGAUGGACCCGGUGAUGUUUCUCUACAGCGACAGCGCCCUGGAGGACAGGAGCAAGAACAUGGAGGGCUUCAGCGGAGGCAACUUCGCGGCCAACCAGUGCCGGAAUCUGCUGGCGCAUCCCACCUCGCUGGCCCCCAGCGCCACCUACGCGGCGAGCGAGGUGCCGGGCUCCGGCGUGGGGGAGCCCGGGAAGCAGUGCAGCCCCUGCUCCGGCACCCAGAGCUCCCCGAACGCCUCUUUGCCUUACGGGUAUUUCGGGGGCGGUUAUUACCCGUGCAGGGUGUCCCACGGCGGCGUGAAAGGCUGCGCGCAACCGUCCGGUUACGCAGAGAAAUACGCGGAGUCUUCGGUCCCCGGUGAGGAGUUCUCCUCCCGGGCCAAGGAGUUCGCCUUCUAUCAGGGUUACUCAUCCGGCCCCUAUCAGCCCAGCUACCUUGACGUCCCCGUCGUACCUGCGCUGAGUGCGCCAUCUGAGCCCAGGCACGAGCCCCUGCUGCCCAUGGAGCCCUACCAGCCCUGGACCCUCACCAACGGCUGGAGCGGCCAGGUUUACUGCGCCAAGGAGCAGCCGCAGUCAAACCCUCUGUGGAAGUCCUCCUUACAAGACACGAUAUCUGCUGGAGACUCUUCAGUUCGCCGUGGCAGAAAGAAGCGCGUGCCCUACACCAAGGUGCAGCUCAAAGAACUGGAGAGGGAGUACGCCGCCAAUAAAUUCAUCACCAAGGACAAAAGGAGACGGAUAUCCGCGCAGACAAACCUGACAGAGAGACAAGUGACCAUCUGGUUCCAGAACAGGAGGGUGAAGGAGAAAAAGGUUGUCAAUAAAUUCAAGACAUCCAGUUAGCUCUGGACCCAGAUACUCUUUUAAUCUUAUUUUUUUUAUUCGUGUUAAAAGGCGCACAUGAAGGCGAAUUCAUCCACACAAAAAAUGCGCUCUAAUUUAUUCAGUUUUUACUGGUUUUGUCUGUCGCCAGAGCGCCUCUGGCUUGACCAUUUCCCUCCUCACGGUUUUAAUUGGAACCAGUCCACGCGGCUUGUUGACAGAAGAUCGGAAGUGGUUCCGGAUCCAAAGGCAGUUCUGGGUGCUGGUUCAGGUUUUCACCAACCGAGGGACGCUCCRUCCAGUUGUGCGCAUUUUCUCUGUUAAAUUCGAUACAGAAAUUAGAGGAAAUCAUACAAAUAACUAUGUCAAAAUAAAAAAUCUGUAGGCCUAUUUUUGUUUUGUAC